CUGCACUGAAAAGAAUGGGCCAGACUGAAAAUCAGAUCAUUUAGUUGGGUCUAAAUAACAAACCCAUUGAUUCAUUUAGGAUCCGAAAGCUUCAGUUCCAUUGCAGAUCUCAUCGGAUGUCGUUGAUUACUUAAGUUUAUUAAAUUCAGAUAUAGUAAAUCUUGUUGAUUUGCGGGUCUGCAAGAUAAAAGCUAACAGGGAAACCGAAAGUCUUUUUUAGGAAGAAAAAAUAAUCAUUUACUUUUCCAGCUAGGCUUACAAUUGAGGCCGCCGCGAUUUGCAGCGGGCGACACACCGCAAGGACCCUAAUUAAUCAGACAACACAAAAACCAGUAUCGAAGCUCGAGAUCAACUCUAAUGGACUCCCUGGCACCCUCCGGCGGCGGCAACGGCGUCGUUUCGACCACCGAAACAACAGCAGCAACAUCAUCACAAGAUCCUAAACAAAACCUAGAUGAAACCAUUAAUUCAAUUCAAAAAUCCCUGGGAUUGCUUCACCAGCUCUAUCUCACCGUCUCUUCUUUCAAUCUCGCUUCUCAACCACAUCUCCUUCAACGCCUGAACAACCUUGUGUUGGAACUUGAUAACAUGUCGAAAUUGUCGGAGAAGUGCAACAUUGAUGUGCCUGUGGAAGUGUUGAAUUUGAUUGAUGAUGGGAAGAAUCCGGAUGAGUUUACGAGGGAUGUGUUGAAUAAAUGUAUUGCCAAGAAUCAGAUUACCAAAGGCAAGGCUGAUGCGUUGAAGGGUUUGAGAAAGCAUCUUCUUGAAGAGCUUGACCAAUCAUUUCCUGAUGAAGUGGAAACUUAUCGAGAGAUACGUUCUGCAUCUGCUGCUGAAGCUAAACGUGUCGCCCAAGCGCAAAGUAUGUUACCAAAUGGGGAUGUUAAGGUUAAACCUGAGGUAUAGGAUACGGUCACCAAGAAUUCAGAUUAGUUAUGAAAGAAUUAGCAAUUAACCAUGUUUUUAAGUCAAGAUUGUUGAUACUAUUAGUAAUUAGUAUGUCUAUGUAAAUUGUGAAAGUUUUAAGCUUUACAGGAACCUACAGUUGCCUGUGGUACAGUAAAAAUUAAAAUUUCAUUAUGUUUUA